AUGGUGGAGGCGACGUUGGAGUCCGACCCCGCUGAUCAUCUACAACGCUGUGAUCAGCGCGUGCGAGAAGGGCCAGCAGUGGCGGCUGGCCAUGGCAUUCUUGAGCGAGAUGUGCAAAGCGAGUUUGGAGUCCAACGUUAUCUACAGCGCUGCGAUCAGCGCGUGCGCGAAGGGCGAGCAGUGGCAGCGGGCCUUGUCGUUGCUCAGCGAGAUUGUGGAGGACAAGUUGGAGCCUGGGGUCUCAGCUACAGCGCGGGAAUCAGCGCGUGCCAGAAGGGCGAGCAGUGGCAGCGAGCCCUUUGGUUGCUCAGCGAGAUGCGGGGGGCGGAGGUGGAGCCCAACUUGUUCAGCUAUAGCGCUGCGAUCAGCGCGUGCGAAAAGGGCGAGCAGUGGCAGCAGGCAAUGCUGCUGCUCGGCGAAAUGUGGGGGGCGAAGUUGGCGCCCGAUGUCGUCUCUACAGCGCGGGGAUCAGUGCGUGCGAGAAGGGCAAACAGUGGCAGCGUGCCCUGUCUUUGCUAG